AUGGCAAAGUGUCUCGCCGCCGCGCUCCUGCUACUGGUGGUGCUCGCGUACUGCGACGGGAGGGAGCUGAACCAGAAGGACCAGGCACUAGCAACGGCACGCGGUGCUGGUGCCGGUGCCGGUGCCGGUGGUGGCGUCGGCGAGGAGAAGGUUUUGGGGUUGCCAGAGUUGCCGCUUGUGGGAACCGUUACCGGUACCAGCACAGUUACCGGUCCGGUGGUGGUGGUUCCUGCCCUUCCCGGGAUCCCUGCACACCCAUGA